UUGAAAUGAUAACGUGAAAUAAUAACAGACAAUUUUUGACUAAAAAUCGAAGACAGACAUGGUACCGAAUCUUGAGUGAUUGUAUGAAAACUGUUUGCAUUAAACGCAUCUUACAUCCAAUAAGAAAAAGAGAGAAAAUACUGUCGAAUCCAGAAUGGAUUCCUGCGGCUGGACGCGAAUGGGAAACGAAGAGAGAGAGGAGAUGGCCGGUGCGGACGCGGCCGCCUCCUGGCAGCAGUGUUAUACCUGGUGCACACCAUACUCGCAUCCGCAUCCGCACCCCCACCAUCACCACACGCUUCAUCCCCGUCAAUAUCAGGGUAGCCAGUAUCAGCAGCUCCCGGGGAGCGCCUCCGCCGCCGCAAACGCUUCCACCACCCACUACCCAUCCUCCCAGCAGCAUCAUCUGCAGCUGCAAACCGCCCAGCCGCCGCCUCUGGACCAACAGCAGCAUCUUCACCCUAUUAGAGGACAAACCGGGCUCAGGAGAGCACUUUCUUAUGACGGACCAGGUAUCCAAAUCACGCCAAAAUAUCUUGAUGUCGGCGAUAUCGAUCAGCUUUGUAAAUGAAAAUUA